ACCUUGUUAUUAUCGAUUUGCUACCCAGGUGAAAAAUAUACGUUGUACGUGGAUCAAACAGUCGUCAAUAUGAUGAAAUCGUUGAUAUCUACUGUUCUUCUUCUCUUGUUGAGGUAUAGCUAUGUACAAGCACUAGCUGUUAAAGUUUUAAAGCCUCCGACGACAAAACAGGGAGUGGAAGGCGCCCUAUUAAUUGCCCCUGGUGCGUAUAUAAAAGGGGAGGCGUAUGAAUCUUUAGGCUUACAGAUUGGUGAAACCUGCAACUUCCGACUAUGGGUGGUGCUUCUUUUGGAUUUUUUUGACGACAUUGUCAACCCACCUCAGCUGCAGGAAGCCGUUACCAAAGCCCGCAAUUCCUUGAAAGAGGAAGGGUUCCAAAAUGACGGUCCAGUGUUUCUUGCCGGACACAGUUUGGGGGGAACAAUGGUAUCCAUGUAUGGACAAAAGUCACAUGGUUUAUCUGGCGUUUUACUUUAUGCUGCCUAUCUUACAAAAGGUCACAAGCUCAAAGACUACCCGGUACCUGUAAUGACCUUGUCCGGCGAUCUGGACGGACUGACAAGAAUAACUCGAGUCAUGGUCACAUUCAAUGAGCUUUACAAUGACGUAGUGACGGACCCAAGGGCAAAAUACCAUACUCCCGUGAUUUUGAUGGAGGGGGUUAACCAUGGUCAAUUUGCUUCGGGCAGGAUGCCCAGUAAUGUCGCUACGCAUGAUCUUUCUCCGGAUGUUACUAACACAACUGCGUACCAAAGAAUCGCAAACUAUACAUGCUCUUUUGUCUCUUACACGCUUCGCAACAAUACAUCCUCUCAGUGGGUUUUGGACGAAGGGUUCAACAAAACUUACCAACUUAUUCAGCCUUUGAGGCAAAUGAAAGAGCUCGAUACAAAUCGGUUUUCAACCUCUAACUGGACCCAAACAGCGCAGAAAUCUGUCAUAGCACUACAAAACGCAUCGCAGAUCUUAGUAAAGGGUGUAGAAAUCGAUGGAAAGGUAAUAAAAUUUUCGUCCCUAUCACCAAAAACUGAGGUGCUUAACUCAACAUUAUAUGUAACCACCUACUCUGAAGUGACGUACCCAUUAGAUCCAUUUGACGUCACGCUGAAUCCACUGUCUGCAGUUCAAAUUCAGGCAAAAAUGAUUUCUCAAGAGAGAGCAAAAGGAUUGUUUCCACAGGGGCUGUAUCGGAGAGGAAAUUUCUCAUGCAAAUAUGUUAAUGAGCUAAGCGUUCUUGAAGCGUUUUAUAACUCGUCCAGUGUUGCCAGGGAAAGAUAUGCUAGAAAGGGACGCCAAUUGAUCCUUGAAGAAGACAUGUUAACUUCCAAUGAACUGGCGUGGCUAGUCUCCCAAUUAGAGCUUGUAGAACUUAGUGAUGGUCUUCAUGUGCAAUCUCAGAGAUACGAAACGACAUAUAAGCCAUCACAAAAAGACUCUUCCGGAUUGUUCUAUUGUUCUUUGUUGUCGCCUUUCCGAGCAAUGGAAUGGAUUUAUGUUGAUAGUCUCCGACCAAUGAAAAGGCAGAAUAAACCGAAAGCCUGAAUUAAAAGGUUGCAUGAGUUUUUACAAAAGCCCUGGAAGAAGUACCAAAAAUCAGUAGCGCCAAACAAAGAUAAAAGACAUACCGAAUCUACAUUUAGUUAAAUAGAAACCAAAAUAAUGUAUGUAUCGUGUUAUUUUCAUCACGAACUUGUAUUGUUGACAAAUCAGAGCCAAUGAAAUCCAGUUCAGACGAAAAAUCUGGGGAUUUUUUUCUUUAUUUUCUAGAAUAAAGAACGUAAUGAUAAACGAUACAUAAAUCUUUAUAGAAGAUUUAGUUACAUUUUGCUGCUUUUUUAUGUGGUUAGCUAUAGAAUAAACAACAAUCACACCAUCUCCAGCAAGAACUAAUUUACUGUAAUA